AUUUGUUGUUUGUUAUGCACGAGCAUGAAAAAGGACCUUCAUUUGUUUAAAAACCACAAUUAUGUGAUGAAAAAUACAAAUUUUAUUGCAAAUGACGGUGAUAUAAAGAGAUAUUUAUGAAAUUACUUUAGUGGGACACUUAUACAUAGGCCAUGACAGUCACGUGACCUACGUUUAGAAAAAUGGCGGCUUCCAAAUCUGUUCAACAUGGACUCAAAAUUACCCACGAAUGCUUCCGAUACAUAUAUGAAGGUUCGUGGUAAAUGUUUGUUAGACAACCGGGCUUUCAAAAAUAUUUGAAUUUUUGAGCAUGGCAACACGAUCAAGGCGCUCGAGGGGUCGACCUCCCAAGACCCCUUUGUCAACUAAUCGUUCCAAUUUUUUGAGAAAACCCAAAGCUUACCAAACACCAUCGAGUGAACACAGUUCCCGUUCAAGUACACCAGUUGGUGGUAAUUCCCCAGGUGCAGUAUAUUUCAGAAGUAGAGGCCGAGGUCGAGAAUCUUCACUGAAAUCUAGGGCAUUCUUUAGUCCGUUUGUAGGUGAAGAUGAAGAUUCUUCCAGUUUGGCAGCAGAUUUGGAUGGUGACAGGGCCAGUGACAUUUCUGACCUGUACCCACUGGGCAUAGAUGGCAAUGUGUCUGACGUUUCUUAUGAAGCAUCAGAUUCUGAUGGCAGCGAAGGCAGCAUAAGCACCACAACCAGUUCAGUUAGUAGGCGUAGAUUAUUUCCUCGGCAUCCUAAAAGUCCAGAAUUUUUGGAUGACAGAGACAUACCACCAUUAGAACUUCCAGCAAGUGCUACUGAUCUGACAUUACCACAUGACCUUAUAUUGCAAGCUGUUGGCAUUUAUGAAGUUUUAAGACAUUUUAGGACUAUUCUUCGAUUGUCACCAUUUUCAUUUGAAGACUUUUCAGCAGCAUUGCUGUCUGAAGAUCAGUGUACAAUGAUGGGUGAAAUUCAUAUAUGUCUCAUUAAGUCACUUUUGAGGGAAGAAGAAAGUAAUGCCACAGUAUUUGGACCACAGGACUUGAAGGACAGCAUUAACAUAUUUUUAUUAUUUAUUGAUGGAAUGUCAUGGCCUGAGGUUGUGCGGGCUUACUUGGACAGCGAUAGACUAGAAGAAUAUCGAUCUGCAUUACCCAUCCUAACAUUGCCCGAUUUUCCAUAUGUGCCUGUUGGAGAUAAACUGAAAGUGUUGCAAACACUAACAGACCUGUUUCUUGGUACAAACAAAGUCAGAGAAGAGAUUACAGAUGAAGGCAAUAUCCACUAUGAUGAUCACUGCAGAGCAUGUCACAAGUUGGGAGAUUUACUGUGUUGUGAGACUUGUUCAGCCGUGUAUCAUCUGGCCUGUGUUGACCCUCCUAUGGCUGAGGUCCCCGAAGAUGACUGGUUAUGUAGCGUUUGCAGAGCUCAUCAGGUGAAAGGUGUUACUGACUGCAUAUCGGAGGCUGAAAAAAGUGGUAUGUUGUGUCGUCAAGAGGCUAUUGGAUUUGAUCGUCAUGGAAGAAAGUACUGGUUCCUCAUCCGAAGAAUUAUUGUUGAAAGUGACAAAGAGGUGUGGUACUACAGCACCAAGCCACAGGUGGACGAACUGCUAGAACAUCUCGACCAUAAGGUAUGGGAGCGAGACCUUGUGAUGUCCAUCACCGAGAUGAAGGAAGACAUCUUUAAACAGAUGACGCUGACCGAGGACCUCACCAACGCAGCUCGCGGCAACAAGAAGUCCAUUCUCAGCAUGGAGAAUACUCAGCUUUUGAAGUUACAAGCUGAUCGAGCAUUGCAGAAAGCUCAGGAAGAAGCAGAUCGGAAAGCCAAAGAAGAAGAAGAACAGAAGAAAAAAGAAGAGGAGGCAGCGAAGAAGAAAGAGUGUCCAAAUGGAGAGACGGGGGAUGAGGAUACCAAGUCUGUGGAGGACGGCGGUGGGGGGGACUCGAAGGAACCACAAGAAAGGCAGGAUUCUGACAAAGGAGAAGACAUAUCUGAACUUGUGGAAACAUCCAAAGUUGCUGCGUCCACUGCCUCAACUACAACAUCAUCAGUCACUACAACAGUGUCCACACUUGGAGGUGGUGACGCCACAUGCAUAUUACAGAAGGAUGUUUGUAAAGAAACCACUGUAACCACGACAACCAGUGUUGAAACAUCCACCAUUACUUACUCUACGUCAGACAUUAAGUCCAUAUCGACAGGUAACUCUGCCAGUUGUUUGGACCCCUCUUCUACUGCAUCUCAGUCGGCAGAUCAGAGUAAUAACAACAACAGUGGCAGCAAUAAUGAAAAUCACAGUGCUAGUCAAACCGAUAUUAAAAGUGAUGAAAAACGGGACCACAUAAAACCUACAAUCCUGAGUUUACAGUCAGCGUUUCCCAAUGCUAAGGCGACUGUUUUGAAAAUGGAUGGACAGUCAAAUGGUACUUCGAUGCCACAGACAAAAACCGUGCUCGUUGUGAAUCGAGAAGGUGGGAAAGUUACUCUGCAGGUGGCGACAAAACCCAUGACGAACGCUUCAACUGUUAUCACCCAGUCCAGUCAGAGUUCUACAACUACAUCAGGUGUCAUGUCCGCUCUUGAAACACGGAAGAUCCUAACAAGAUCAAAAACCGGCUCACUGACCCCAAAGCAGUUCACUGAUUCAGUUACAGCUACCACAGGCUCAUUUAAGACAGCCGGCAAGAUGUCUUCAGAUGAGAUUUUGAUCAUUAACAAGGAGGGUGAAAUAUCUCGCAUCACCAGGAGCAAAAGUGCUGUGUCAUCCGCAGUCUCACAACAGUCCAUGUACUUUAGACUAGGCAAUGAAGGCAACUACAAGCUCUAUCAAAACCAGUAUUCGACAAACACCCUAGCUCUGAACAAACACCAACAUAAUGAGGAGCGUGACAAGCGGCGCCACCUGUCUCACAAAUUCAGUCUGACGCCUGUGAGCGAUUUCAAAUGGAAUGGUUCCAUCUACGGGAGUCGUGCAUUGAUUGUGUCGACUCUAAGGUUGAGCAUCACUCAACUGGAAAACAACAUUCCAACUCCAUUCCUGCAUCCAAAUUGGUCUGUUCAUCGCCAAAACUGGCAGAAAGCAGUUCACAUGUGUCAAAACCCUCAAGAUUUUGGUUUGGCUCUCGCCAUACUCGAAGCCUGUAUUAAACCAGUUCUCUUUCUCCCAGUUUGGCAAGAUUCUCUAGGUCACACUCGGUUGUGUCGAUUGACAACCUUGGAACGCGAGGAGUUGAAGAAACGGGAUAAGGAAUUAAAGAGAAUGAAGGAGGAAGAAGAUCUUGGCAGGCCGGUCGUGUGGAUCAAGUAUCCUCUUGGUCUCAAGCAUCAGGUGUGGAAGCAACGGGGAGAGGAAUACCGUGUAACUGGUGGCAAUGGCUGGUUGUGGGUGAGCUCUGUUCGCGUCUACAAUUAUAUACCUCAAGACACAGUAGGUCUGCGUAAUGUUGCAGUUAAAAUUCGAGCUCGUCGCCGGAAAGGGCUUAAACAAAAGUCUACAGCAGUUGACUCAAAAAGUGCAAUUGUAGGUCAUAAGACUGGCAGUAAAGAUGAAAGUAUGGAGUGCGAAGAAACCAAUGUUAGCAAGUCGGAAAAUAGUGCUGAUAAAACGGAAAAACCAGUAGAGAAAAUGGAAGUAGAUCCAGCUAAAAGUGAUUACAAAACUAACAGUUCCGAUCAGACCCAAUCUGAUUGUGCUGAACCAAAAGCUUCAGCUGAACAAAUGGAAAGCGAAGACUGCUCCAAAGAACCAAAAUCGGACAUAUCGGGUCAAACAUGUUCAGAAGGGGAGAUGAAAGCAGUCACUGCUACAGACAAAGGGUCUGCAUCGGUAGAUCUGAAGGAAAAUAUAUCUUCAACAAAGAAAUCCAUCGAGGUUGAAGAAACGUCAUUGAAAGAUUCUGUUAAGCAGGAACCUGUGGACAAUGAUCAUGAAGUCAAGGAUGCGAAAGAAGAGUUUCUCAAAAGUUAUGAUAUAUUUACCGAUGACUUCAUGUAUCGGCUUCCUCCGAAAGUGGAAGAAGAUCUGAUUGACGUCAGCAAGGCCAUGCUGGAGAGAACCCAUUAUGCAAAAGUUACAAAACCAUAUUCCAGGUUGGAUAACUUGCUAGAGCGGCGGCAGAAACAGGACGAGUGGGAAAAAAAGCAAAGGCAAGCACUAGAGCAGCAGAUUCAGUGGAAACUGAAAUACCAGAAUAAUCAGAAAAUGGAAUCUGAGAAAGCUUCAAAAGAAAAGAAAGGAGACAAAAAGGAUAUUAAGCAGGAAAAAGGUGAAGGAGAACAGGAGACGAAAGUUAAACAAGAAGAGAAGGAAGAUGAUGAAAACAAAAUAAAGGAAGUUGAUGUUAAACAGGAAGUGGAAGUGAAAGCCGAACCAGAAGAAGAUAAAGACCAGGGAGAGAUAAAGAAAGAAGAUCCAGAGAAAGAUUGUGAAGAGGAGGAGGAGGAGAAUAAGGGUGAAGAAAUGUUGGAGAAGAAGUCUGAUGGAGGAAAUAAGAAUUUGUCUCAGGUUAACGGUAUGGGUGAAGUUGUGGAUGACAAGAGUGAUAUGGCGGAGGACAUGGAAGUUGAAGAAAGUGCUAAGUUCGAGUAUUUGUGUUAUUCCAUUCUCUGUCGACAAGGCGGCAAAUCAAAGUGCUAUUCGCCCAUGUGUAUUACAAGUUGUAAAAUAGAACCCGGGGUGUCUCGUGAUCUGUCCAGUGCUAACAAAACUAAAUCGACUUCUCCAGACCAGGAUGAGAAAUGUUUGACUGCUGAUCAGCCGGAUAAUUCCGUGAAAAUUACCACGGAAGAUGAAGAGAUAGACGUGGAAGGAGACAAGGAUCUCAAGUCAAAUGGAACUGCCUCGGCCAAUUUGUUAAACACUCUUCGAGCAGCUUCGUCAUCAGAUGAAAAUUCCAAUGACAGUUACUUCAAAGAGGAUUCAAAGUCUAAAGAUUCAAAAGACUAUGUUUCUAGCACAGAGGACAAGUCCACCGGUGAUGAUAAAGAUGAAUCAAAAGAUGGAACAUGUGAUGCUAAGAAUAUGCCGUUCUCUAGUCUGCCCAUUCCCGAUCCGUCUUCAGUAGCCCAGCUUCUGGCAACACGAGCUGGCGUUAGUCUAUCGCAGGCCCAAAUGGCCUUGCAACAGGCCAUUGCCAAGAUGAGCAUCAAAGAUCUUAAUGCCAAACUCCCUCCAAUCCGCAAGACGACGGACAAGUUCAAGCUGGCCAAAUUCACCAGGAUUACGCCCGGUCGACGGGGUAAAGGUACUGCUAGCCGGGGGAAGUCCAGCUUGCCAGUUUGUCAGAAAUUUAGAACGUCUCUCCGAAAGAAAAAUAUUUUUAUUCUGGAAAGGCAUGAAGUAUACAAACUAGCAAGAAAGCAAGGCAACAAGGAAGCUGCAGGGUUCAAUUACAAUUGCAAAAUGAACAAUGUGAACUGGCUGUAUCCUUGUUCUCGGCCUGUGUUCCGCACCUGUUGGCGGUACCGCACACAGACACUCAAAACUUUGGCAGCAGCAGCCUCACAGUUUCGACAGCUGUGGGCCUGUCUAAGAUGGGAUGACAUGUCGGUGAAGUCUCCAGCGGGUGGAACAAACACAGUCUCUACGGAAACAGAAAUUACAACCACAGAGUUAUUGAAGCGGAGGGAUGUAGGGCCGUUCAAUCUGAGAUCAGAGUUCUUGGUUCGAAAGAUUGUGGUUCCUAUUGGUGUCUCGGCACAGCCCAAAGAAAAAUACACUCCCCAAAGAAGUGGUUUACGAGAACGUAAACGUGCUGAAUCUCCUAAACAGACGGAUCCCAGUGUCACGGAAUCCUGGGUGCCGGAGGAGGAACUGGAGUUAUGGGAAAUCAAACAGUUUGGUGAAAAGCUAGAGAAGCAACGUGCCGCUGUGCAAGACAAGCAGAAGGAAGGCAGCAGCACGCAGACUCCGCAGCAGAUCAAGGCUCAGAUGGAACAGCAGUUGAAGCAGCAGCGGAUAGCCCUUCAGGCCAAGCGCGUCCAGGAGGCUGGCGGAAAGAUCAUCACCAUAACAACCAGCGCGCUGACCUCGUCCAACACCGUGCUGACCACAUCUGCCGCGGGACUGCCAGCUCACAUCAAGACCAUCACCGUGGCAACAUCAGGAGCGUCCGGAACACCAACGAUCAUCAAACAGGUGCACGUGCAUCCCAAGACGGUUAUUUCUGCUGCAGGGAUACAAGCCUCUCCUGUCAGGCCAGGUGUGCGAGUCCAAAUACCAGGCAGCACAAUGAUCACUCUACGACCCACCACAACUGUCACCCUCGCCCCGAAACCUGGCACCCCCAGCACAGGAGUGGUUACUCCAAAUACAACAGUUACAAAAGUGGUUACACAGAGUCCACAGCUCCCAGGAACAAAGGUUCAAAUCCGUCCUCAAGUGGUUGCCCAAGGAUUGCCAGGGCAGGUCCAGAAUGUGCAGAUAAUACAGGGUGCUCAGGGCCAGUUGCAAGUCCGUGGACUACUCCCAGGUCAACAGAUAAUCCGAUUACCUGACGGUAGGCUUCAGCUGAUUACACUGCCAACCUCUAGCCCUGCUGUUGCAACUGUGUCGGCGACAACCUCGAUUGUUAGCACCGGCAUUAAUGCCACAUCGCAGCUGGUACGGCCAUCGCCCACUGUGGUUCGUGCUCCCACUGCCAUUGUUGUGAACACAACAUCUGGCGUUGGCGUAAGUUCCUCGGUGACUCUCCCUCAGACUAGAAUCGUCGUCCCCUCUGUAUCAGCACUGUCGUCAGGAGCGGUCCACGGUAGUAUUGUCUCAGCAGCAGCAGCAGUCAGCUCACCCACAUCCAUCCCACAAACAGUCCGAACUCUGUCAUCCAACACAAUCCUAACCACAACUACCAUGGCAAAACCAACCAUCAUAACAACCCUGGCGAAAACAACCGGCACGUCUCUCAUCACGCAGCAGGCCGGGGCCAGCAUCACCACACCACACAUCAUCAAGUCCAUCGUCUCGACGCCAGCCCUCUCUUCCAUAUCACCCAUAUCCUCACUGAGUCCAGUCAAACCGCUGUCGGUGGUCGGUUCUACUGGAACGCCAAUAAUCGCCAGAGCAAUACCACGACCGCUGGCUCAGCAGGUGAACAUCCGAGGCCAAACGGUCAUUACAAGCCUUCCGAGACCGCUGGGUGUUGCGGCCGCGACCACCCGCCCCGUCACCAUUCUGACGGGCACGAACACCCGCCAGCCGACCAUCCUGUCUCCGGGGAUACCAAGGCCGCCAACCAUCGUUGUCACUGCAGCCAGCACUCCAAGUCAACUGCCCACGCUGACGGUGGUCACUCCACAGCAGUCAACAGUGGCCGCGCCGCAGACCAUAUUGAGCACGGUGGUUUCUCAGAGUCCUGCGACGGUGACAUCCACCACCCCGACUCUCUCCACCGUCAUGACGUCACCCGUGCAGCUGCUGUCGCCAGCACGGUCCUCUGUGUUGGUGUCGUCACCAGUUGGCUCUCCGCCUCUGAUGUCGCCGACAGCAACCACGUCACCCACGAUGACUGCAGCUCAGAAGUAUGCCAUUACACCACAGGUUGUUCAGCAAGUCGUAAGACAAGCUCUGAUGCAGAACCAGACUCCCGAGAUCCAGGCCAAGCUGUUGGCCAUGCAGCGACAGUUCCAGACACAGCAGACUGGGCCGAAGAUUGCGAUCGCACCCGUUCCUACACAGGUGGUGGUAGCUAAACCUCAGACCGGGUCGCCUGCUCCAGAGGCAAUGAAAACCAAGCAAAAACCAGUCCUCACGCAGGCACAAAAAGAAGACCAAAUGAGAUUGGCCGUUUGUGGUCAGACUUUAAAGACAAUUCUUGACAAGAUAGAAAAAGAAGACAGACUUGAGCAAAAACGGCAGCGUAAACAGGAAUCGGCAGAAGAAAAACAAAAACGAUUACUAGUGACCAAACUACAAGGAGCUUUGUUCAAACACAAGGAGAGUUUGAAGAAGGAAAUUCUUAGGAAGCGGUCUAUUAUGGAAAAGAAUCUUCAACAAGAUAUUAUGAUUGAGUUGGCCGAUUUGAAAAAGCAGAGCAAGUCUCCUACAAAGAUCACAUCUCCUAAAGGAGUGCACGGAGCAGUGACCAUCAGCAAGAAAAAAGUCGAGCCACUGACCGCAGCCUCCAUGCUGCCGCAGUUGGCGAUUCCGUCGGCGAGGAAGAAACAGAAGUUGAUCUCAACAGGCACCAGUCGUGCAUUCAACCCCAAAGAGAGGCUGUACUGCAUCUGUAAAACUCCUUACGAUGAGAGCAGAUUCUACAUAGGGUGUGAUCUGUGCUCCAACUGGUUCCAUGGCGAGUGUGUGAACAUCAACCAGCACCAGUCGCGCUACAUCGAUUCGUACGUGUGCGACGACUGCAAGAAGCAGCAGGAGAACACAUCGGAGGAGUUGUACUGCCUGUGUAGAACACCAUACGACGAAUCACAAUUUUACAUUGGCUGUGACCGCUGUCAGGAUUGGUUCCAUGGCGAGUGUGUGGGAAUCUCCAAGCCGGACGCUGACCGCAUGGACACGUACCUGUGUCCGAACUGUGAGCAGAAGGAGAUGCAGUCGCCCAUCACCCAGCAGACCCUCACCGACAAGGAAUACGAAUGUCUGCGCAGGCUCCUACGAAGUCUCCAGUCACACAAAAUGGCCUGGCCGUUCCUGGAUCCUGUUGAUCCAAAAGACGUACCAGACUACUAUCAGGUGGUCAAAGACCCCAUGGAUUUGUCAACAGUUGAGAAACGACUCAAUUCCAAGAUGUACAAGAAACUGAAUGAUUUUGUUAAAGAUGUGACAAAAAUAUUUGACAAUUGUCGGUUCUACAAUCCGCACGACACUCCAUUUUUUCAGUGUGCAGAAGUUCUAGAGACAUUUUUUGCUCAGAGAUUAAAAUCCAUGAGGGAACGAUUCUAGACAUAACUUAUUUAUUGUUCAAUUGUACAUACAUUAAACAUCUGCCAUGAAUUAAUAAUGUGAUCUGCAUUCUUUUUCAUGUGAUGAACUGCAUUCUGAUCGUGUAGCAAAAGUUCAUUAUGUAGGCAUCCUAGUUAUAAAUUAACUAUUAAACUUCAUCUUCAUUUUUAUCUAUCAUCCCAAUGCAUUUGUUACUUUCUUCACUUUUAGGAGCAUUUGUUAUUUAUUUGAGCUCAUCAUUUAUUGGGAAGAAUGCAUGCACUACUCUCAACAUUUGUGAAACCUUGUUUGUAAUAUAAACUCAGCACAUGUAUACAUUCACUUUUCAGUGUACUAUAGACAACAUAAAAGCAAUUAUGUAACUUUUCAUUACACAUGCAAAUAAAUUCAUUUUAUAGAUCUACCUUU